UUGCUGUUAGAUGCUAGUGGAGAGGAGGUGGUGCUUGCUCUGUGAAGUGUUUGUGUCUGAUUAAGUUGACGUACAGCGCGUAGCGAACAGCACUUUGUGAUGGCGGGUGGAACCUGUUGCUGUUGACAGUGAAGUGAACGUCGCCAGCAGUAAAUGCUCUGUUUAAGACGCAAACGUAUGCCGUGUGUUGGUGUUAACAAACAUGGGUAGUUCGCACAGUACCAAAAAUGAUGCUUCAGCUGCUCCAGAGAGCGGAACAGCGCGGAACCACAAUGUUAGAUCAAGUAUACGUACUAAACAGCCUAUGCCGGAUCAGAAUGAGUUGGAGAGGAGAUUCACCAAAGUGUUGGCCUCGAUGGACCUUCCACCCGACAAGGCGAAACUGCUCAAGCAGUACGACGACGAGAAGAAGUGGGACAUCAUCUGUGACCAGGAAAGAGUGCACGCAAAAAGAUCCACCUGCACACUACCUCAACAAGUUACGCACAUACCUGAUCCGAAGGCAUCCCGCAGCAGUCGUAAAAGAAAGAUGGUUGGCGAUGCUACAUCUACGCAGGUUCUCAGGGAUCUCGAAAUAUCUUUACGGACUAAUCACAUAGAGUGGGUGCGCGAGUUCCUAGAUGAAACAAACCAGGGUCUGGACCAUCUUAUAGAGUACCUCAGUUUCCGUCUGGUCAUGAUGAGGCAUGAGCAGCGGGUCUCUGAAUCAAGAACAUCAUCAGAGGAGAGAUUGGCUGCGAGUGGCUCAGGAUCUGGUUCCAGAUUCAGUUUCCGUUGCUGGCCGAGACGCAAAGCUGUCCGCAGGCCAACAUACCAUUUUCAAGCAGGGAGUCCUGGACACAAUGGGUACCUCAGACCAGCCCUGGAGAUGUUGGAUAGUCCUGGCCUCAAACGAAGGUCAAGACAUGUAGCUAAACUUAAUAUGGGAGAAUCCAAAGAUGAUAUCCAUGUGUGCAUAAUGUGCCUUCGUGCGAUAAUGAACAACAAGUAUGGUUUCAAUAUGGUGAUACAACACAGGGAAGCAAUAAACUGCAUUGCCUUGAGCUUAAUGCAUAAAAGUCUGAGGACCAAAGCACUUGUAUUGGAGCUACUUGCUGCAAUAUGUCUAGUCAAAGGAGGUCAUGAAAUAAUAUUAUCUGCAUUUGAUAACUUCAAAGAAGUCUGUCAUGAAUCUCAACGCUUCCAUACACUCAUGGAUUAUUUCAUUAACUAUCAAGUCUUCCAUAUAGAGUUCAUGGUGGCGUGUAUGCAAUUUGUAAAUAUUGUUGUUCAUUCAGUGGAAGACAUGAAUUUUCGCGUCCAUCUCCAGUAUGAAUUCACGAAGCUGGGCCUUGAUGAAUACCUAGAGAAAUUGAGGCAUACAGAAAGUGAGGAAUUGCAGGUACAAAUAUCGGCAUAUCUCGAUAAUGUAUUUGAUGUAGCAGCAUUAAUGGAAGACAGUGAGACAAAGACAGCAGCUCUCGAAAAAGUUGCAGAACUGGAGGAUGAACUGGGUCACGCUCAUGACAGGCUUGCAGAACUGGAGCGAGAGUCACUGGCAAAGUUAGCAGAGUUGGAGACGGAAUUAGCUAAUGUAAGAAUGGAGCGAGAUGCUCUACUAGAGGACCGACGGGCUGUCGAUGAAGAAGUAAAUACGUUGCGCAGAGUUGUUAUGCAGCAGCAGCAGGAGAGUCAGAGCAGGCAGUCAAUGCUUGAAAGUAAGAUCAUUGAGCUUGAGACCCUCAACAACACUUUGCCAAGAGGUACUGACUCAAAUGAUACUGCAGUGGCACCUUCUGCACCAUCGCAGCCACCAGCACCCCCGCCUCCUGCACCUGCGCCGCCGCCCCCUCCGCCCUGCCCGCCACCCCCUCCCUGUGGUCUUACUGGCAAGGGUUCACCUCACGUUCCUGUUCCACCGCCACCUGCUGGAAUGAUGCAGGCCCCUGAUGGUGCAAUGACAAUAAAGAGGAAAGUCCAAACGAAGUACAAGUUGCCAACACUGAAUUGGGUAGCUCUGAAGCCUAACCAGGUUAGAGGUACCAUUUUCAAUGAACUGGAUGAUGACAGACUUCAUAGUGUGAUUGAUUUUGCUGACUUUGAGGAGAGAUUUAAGAUUGGCAUGGGAGGGGCACUUACAAAUGGAGAUUCGGAUGUUGAUGGACUAACGAAUUUCCCUAGCAAGAGGUUCAAACGUGCAGAGAAUGUGUCACUCUUGGAACAUACCAGGCUGCGUAAUAUUGCAAUUUCAAGAAGAAAGAUGGAAAUGCCAGUGGAAAAAGUAAUAGCAGCUGUUAAUGCUCUGGAUUUGAAGCAGUUAUCAUUGGAAAAUGUGGAGAUUUUGCAGAGGAUGGUGCCUACGGACCAAGAGACGAAGGCCUACAGAGAAUAUGUGGGCUCGAAGAAAAAUGUAAAUUUGUUGACAGAAGAAGACAAAUUUCUGCUGCAACUUGGAAAGGUGGAAAGGAUAUCUGCUAAAUUAGCCAUUAUGAGCUACAUAGGAAAUUUCUUUGACAACAUACACCUCAUAACACCACAAAUACAUGCCGUUAUAUCUGCAUCAAGUUCUGUUAAAAGCUCACGGAAACUGAAGAGGGUGCUUGAGGUUGUGUUGGCAUUUGGUAAUUAUCUUAACAGCAGUCGGCGAGGACCAGCUUAUGGUUUCAAACUCCAGAGUCUCGACACAUUAUUAGAUACAAAGUCAACAGACAAACGCAUGUGCCUGCUUCAUUAUAUAGCCGACACAAUUAGGCACCGCAUGCCUGAACUGUUGGGAUUUGACUCUGAGCUGUUGCAUAUUGACAAGGCUGCAGUUGUAUCUCUUGAAAACAUUGCAACUGAUGUCCAAGAGCUGGAGAAAGGAAUGGAAAUAGUUCGUAAAGAGGCUGAAGUCAGAGGAAAACAGCAGAGUGUAAUUCUCAGAGACUUCUUAGCAAAUUCAGAGGAAAAACUGCGCAGGCUGCGUGCAGAUGCGCGCAGUGCUCAGGAAACUUUUAGAGAGUGCGUAGAGUAUUUUGCAGAAUCACCUCGCACAACAGAUGCGAACACCUUCUUCUCCUUGCUCGUCAGGUUCACACGUGCUUUCAAGAUUGCUGACCAGGAGAAUGAGCAGAGACGUAGGCUUGAGCAGGCGGCACUGGAAGCUUUGAACAGACCACCAGAAGAGGUAGCUAAGCGCAAUAAAUUAAAUCAGAAAAAGCAGCAGGAGGCUGUGAUUAAUGAGCUGAAGUGCAAGACGCGCUUGGUCCAAGAGAAGAAGUUACUGCAGCAGGAUGAAGUGUACAAUGGUGCCCUGGAAGACAUUCUUUUGGGCCUAAAAUCUGAACCGUACAGAAGGGCUGAUGCUGUUCGACGAAGUCAGCGGAGGCGAAUUGACAAUAACCGGUUAUCGAGGACAAUGGAGGAACUAGAACUGUGAUGUAUAAUGACUGACAUGUGGUCUGAAUGAAAUUAAUGACUACAUUUAUUUCUGUUUCUUUACAUAUUUAUCCAAUGUGAAGUGUACACUAUUUCUCAUCUCAAGAAAUUCUUACAAGGCUUAGUAGUUAAAAAGCAUUCCAUUCUUUCUUAACUUUAUGUAGAAAAUAUGUACAAAGGCCAGUAUUAGGUGCUUGUAGGUCUUGUGAGUGCUUGGAGAAAAGUUUGACAGCAUGUUUAGCAACAGCACCAUUCCAUUUAUCACAGAAGUGAUGCAAAGUAAUCCAGUCCAGGCUGUUCCUAUUGCCAUUUUCUGUACCACCUUCUUUCAUUUUUGUCAUUUUCUUUAUUUCAGAGAAACAGCUUGAUAGUAAGUUACCAAAGUAAUAGUGUCUUUAACUUAGUGAAAGUAGUUUCUGUAGUGAUAAUUCUUACCAUGAAAACAAGACAGUUUUGUUGUAUUGCUGAAUUGUAUCAAAUACAAAGAGUGAGAAAUAAUGGAGGUUUUGAAAAGGACACCACUGUACUACCACCACCACCACCACCACCACUUCUGUUAAUAGCAGCCGCAAGUAACGCAAAUUGUGAAACUGUUUGUGUUUCCAAAAUAAUUCUGUUGGAAAUUGUUGAAAAGCAGCACUUCUUUAAGUGGAAAGACCAACACUGUCAGCUUACAUUGACUAGUGGAAGUGGCAAACUAGGCAGUGUUCUGCAGUUGGAAUAUCAUACACACACUUAUUCUUUAAUCCUUGUUCAGUUUUGGAAAUAUGGCAUGUUAAUGCCAUGAAGUGUAGUAUUUAUGAUUUGAUCAGAACUACUGCAAAAAAUAUGUUAAAAUAUGGCCUCAGUUAUGGCCUAUGGAUUUCACAAGUAACAGCAUUUUAAUUAUUUUAAUUUUUUUUUCCCAAAAUAAAAUUUUGAUGUCUCAAAAAUGACUCUUCAGCAUUUAGGGAGAAAUAGUAAAAUGAAAACACUCUUACAUUGAGACGAUGCACAAGAAUUAGAAUAAUUUUAUUAAGAUCUGUUUGUAGUAGUCUGACUUGCUUUUUGAAAGAAAAGAUUUUUGUACCAACCCCUUCCCCUCCUUUUCAAAACUUUCAGUAUAAAUGGGAACACAAACCAAGAAUAAGUCAGUGGUGAUCUUUGUAUAGUAACAGAUUAUUUAUAUAAAUAUAUAAUUCUUACACUGUGAUUUUUAUAAAUAUAAACAUUGUUAAUAUUGUGAAUAUAUUUUGUAAAUAUUGUACAGGCACAUGAAGGCGUUUGUAUUUCAAUGACGAUUGCGUAAUGUGAUGUUUCUUUUUUCUUUUACCAAAUACAAACAAAUAUGUAUAAUAUUUAUAUAAAAUUUGUAUUGUAUUUUAUAAACAGUGUGUUUAAAAGCCUGGUUGAGUCUUAUUUUUACAGCUUUUGUAAGUGAAAAAAUAAAUGGACUUUUUU